AUGGCCAAAGUAGCGUUGAUUACAGGGGGAGCCAGUGGCAUGGGCCUGGCUGUGGCAAAGGCCUUGGCAGCUCGCGGCGACUGGGAUAUUCACGUUCUCGACAUCAACGAGGAGCGAGGAGCUGAAGUCGCACGCGAUGUACCUCGAACCACCUUCCACCGCGCCAACGUGACCAAGUAUGACGAGUUGGGUGCGGCCUUUCAGCAAGCAUUCCAGAAAGACGGUCGACUGGACUUUGUCUUUGCCAACGCUGGGGUUAUCGAACGCGGCAACUUCUAUGCGUCUCCACCUGACGGCGAUGCCGUGUCUCCGCCGCCAGAGCCGGACAUGCUGUCGAUCGAUGCGGACCUGAAGGGCGUUGUUCUGACCAGUUACCUGGCUCAGCACUACUUCCGCAAUUCUCCUCACAAGGGCAAUGGCGCCAACAUUGUGAUGACCGCUAGUUGCGGUGGUUUGUAUGCGACGUACUCGGCGCCGAUGUAUUCCGCGGCAAAAUUCGGCGUGGUUGGCUUCAUGCGCUCCAUCUCGCGACAUUUCAAGACCUGCGGGACUCGCGUGAACGCCAUCUGCCCGUCAGUGGUGCGCACAAACCUCAUCGACCCAGCUGCAUGGGACAGUUUCCCAAAAGACCGGUUUGUCAACGUCGACACAGUGGUCCAAGUGGUGCUCCAACUCCUGGACGGCGGCGAACCCGCGGGCCAGGGCCUGAGCGAUACUCUGGGCAACCACCGGCCCCUGGACAAGCUGCACGGGUUGGCCGUGGAGGUGUCAGAUAUCGGCUUCUAUUUCCGUGAUCAGCACACGUUCGCUGACGAGGGCAUGCGCCAGGUGAUGGACGCGACGGCGGUCGAGAACCAGGUUGGCAGCGUGCUCAACGUCUAG